AUGACUCUCUGGAUUGGGCGGCAACCGCGCAUCAUAUUGAGCGAUGCGUGGGUCGCGAGCGACUUGCUGGAGAAGAGAUCAGACAUCUUCUCGAGCAGACCAAGAAUCAUCGCAAUGGGCGAUGCAAUCAACGCGACGAAUACGAAUCAGACUACUUUGCCAUACGGCGAUCGAUGGAGGAAACACCGGAAGCUCAUGCACAUGGCCGUCGGCUCUCAAGCCGUACGCAAAUACCGCACAUUCCAAGCGCAUGAGUCCGCGAUCUUGAUCCGCGACUUCCUUCUUGAGCCGCACGACUUCGAGCUCUCAAUCGAGCGCUACUCCGUAUCCAUCACCUCGAUUGUCGACUGGGGCCGACGAAUCGAUCGGAAGAACGACUACGUUGCCCAACAAGCUCUCAAACUGAUGGAGGCUGUUAACUACAUCGUCCCUGGCAUCUAUCUGAUGGAAGCAAUUCCGUUCUUGAUGCACUUGCCUGCUUGGCUCUACGCGUUACCGAGCCAGAUGCGACUGGGUGCUGGUAUACUGUCGCGCUACUUCUACCUGCUUACGCAGGAAGGCGCCGAAGCGAAGGGAGAUAACUUUGGCAAACACGUUAUGGCAUCUCAGCAAGCUAGUCACAUGACGGAUCUCGAGGUUGCAAGCCUGAUGGGUAAUUUGAUUGGUGGUGGGGUGGACACGACUAGCAGCACUAUGCUCUCAUGCAUCCUGGCAAUGGCGCGCUUUCCGGAGGUGCAGCACAAGGUACACGCUGAGUUCGAUGCAGUCGUCGGACAUAAUCGCUCUCCAAACUGGGAUGACAUCGACUCCAAUGCACUGCCAUACUUGACUGCAGUGGUCAAAGAAACCCUCCGAUGGAGAACUGUAACGAUCCUAGCAGGAAUACCCCACGCCAACACCGUCGAUUUCGAUUACAAAGGCUACCACUUCCCCGCCGGCACCAACUUCACAGGCAACAUGUGGGCCAUCCACAGACAUCCGCGCGACUUUCCCGACCCUGACCGAUUCAUGCCCGAGCGAUUUCUCGAGGGCAAAGGCAGCGCGAAACAGCCCUAUCCGAACAGGUACGGCAUGAAUCCUUUCGGUUGGGGGCGCAGGCAAUGUAGUGGCCAGCCGCUUGCCGAGCAAGGUCUUCUUUACUCGCUUGCGCGCAUGAUUUGGGCUUUUGACAUUUUGCCGGGUUUGGACGAGGAUCGGGAUGAGGUCGAUUUGGACAUCUUCGCAUACACCGACAGCGAAAAUAUGCGACCAGAGCCUUUCCGUAUGCGAUUCAUCCCACGCUCGGACGCGAUCAAGAAGCUGCUCUUGGAUGAGGCUGCGGAAGCGCGUGAGGCGUUGAGGCCAUACGAUGGGGAGACUAGAGUAACGAUGGAGGAUGCUGUGAAUAACUGA